UUUUGGUUUUUCACUAUAUUUUUCUUCUUCUCUCUUUCCUCUAUUGAGUUUUGUGUAAAAAUGGCUGGUAUGCUUCCUGGUGUUGAAUGUGCUAGAAGAAGGAGAUUUCAUCAAAGUAGUGGAUGUAUAGAUUCAUCUAACACCGCUGAUUUUUCAUCCACAAGAAGGUCUUCUUUUUGUCUAUACACAAGUAACCAUGAACACCCUUUCAAUUCAAGUUCAUCCAAGCAAAGGGGUGCAACAAGUCAAGCAUAUCAAGAUGAGAAACUAGGUGAAGCUGCAAGAGAAGCCAAGCAAAGGUUGGAUGAUAGGCUUAGUGCAAGAUGGAAAUCACAAAAUAAGAGGAGUCCCAAUAAUAGACAACCACCAAACCAAAGCCAAGAGAUGUUGGAUAAUAGGCCAAAUUUGCAAGGAGAAGUAGUUUCAGGAUUAAAGAAAAGUGGAUCAAAGAAGUUCAAUUGGGCAAAAAUGAUUUGGAAAUCUCAAGAACAAGAUGAAUGUACAAUUUGCUUGGAUCAAUUCAAGAUUAGUGAUAACUUAAUGCAAUUGACAUGUGCCCACAAGUUCCAUUCCAAGUGUUUGGUGCCAUGGCUAGAAUCCAAUGCACAUUGUCCAUGUUGUAGAAUGACAAUAAUUUUGACUAGUACUAGUGCAUAAUUAGGAAAUUGGAAGGAAGUUGCAUGUCUCUUUCUACAACUUGUAGGUGUCCAAGAUUUUCUAAAAUGUACAAAAAUAUAUAUAUAGAUAUAAUAGGUGUCUUGCAAUUGAACCUAUUGACUAUUUUUUUUAUCUUUUAAGAAAAAACUUUAUGUAGUGUGAGCUGUGGUGGAUUGGGAGAAUU